AUGAGCAAUAGCGUGCCCCAGCCGUACGCGCCGCCAUGGAAGGCGGCGGACCCCAAGAACCAUUUCCAGGGGCAUGUCGACAUGGACGUUGAACCGGAGUACGCACAUCGCGGUGACGAGGUGCCGCGCGGGUGCCGUGGCAUCCGCCACGACGAUGACGACUGCCCCAACCGCCACGCCGUCGGCCAUAACGACGACGACUACAAUGACCGCCGCGAUGGAUUUCGACUGAAGCCACCCAAGCACGCAUUUUCUGUCUUCAAAGAGUACAAAGCUUGCUGGCUUCCCCUGCGUCCCAAGCAGAUUGAGGCUGCAGAUGCAGAUGAGGCUUUGGUUGUUCCUCUUGAUGGUGAAUGGAUAUGGCACUGCCAUCGGCUUAAUCCGACUCAAUACAUAAAGGGCUGCAAGAGAUUAUAUGGCAGAAUACUAGACAGUAACAAUGUCAAGUCCAUUCAAGCAAAAUCCAAGGAUCAGGUUGAGAAAGUUUGGACUGAGUUAUAUCCUGGGGAGCCCGUUGAGUUGGAGUGCACAAGUCCUUCCGAAGAUUCUAUUUAUCUGAGUGAUGAAACUGCAGGAGGCUUUUCCUAUGAUUUG